AUGGCGGACGUCCGGUCCAAGCAACCUGUAUCACGAUUACAUCAUCAUCUAACCCGGGCUCCCUCCUCCCAUCCCACAGGCAAUGACCCCGAGCUCGACCCCGACAGAGAACCCUCUCCUCCUACGCGGGCCAUCGAGAAGCCUGCACCCCGCCUCGGCAAGCGCGAUGCCCCGAAGGAGGCUCCUAGCGCCCCUCCCACCGGCCCCCGUGGCGGCGCCCGCGGUGGUCGUGGCGGACGCGUGACCAACGCCAAUGAGGAAGCUUUCCGCGACCGUCAGGCCGGCAGCUACAACAACCGUUCCAGGCCCGUUGAUGAGCACAAGGAGGCUCAGAGGCGCGGCGUCCGGGCACGCGACGACCGCGGUGCCCGUGUUCGCAACGACCGUCACUCGCGCUCUGGUCACACGGAUACGAACAAGCAGAUGGACCAGGGUUGGGGAGCUACCAAGGGAGACUCUGAGUGGACUGAUGAGAAGAUCGGUGAAGCCAUUGCCCGGAGCGAGCAGAAUGAGCCUCAGACGCCUCAUGAGGGUGAGGGUGCCCCUGUUGAGGAGAAGGAGCCGACCGAGAGGACCAAGUCGUAUGCGGAGUACCUCGCUGAGCAGGCUGAGAAGAAGCGCGAGGACCUUGGUGUGAAGGCUGCUCGUCCGCCCAACGAGGGUGUCAAGGUGGACAAGAAGUGGGAGAAUGCCAAGGAGUUCAAGCGUGACGAAGACGAGGAGAACUACAUCAAGGGCAAGGAGGAAAAGACGAAGCGCGAGAAGCCGCGCAAGGAGAAGACCUACCUCGAUGUCGACAUGCGCUUCGUUGAACCGCCUCGCAGCCGCGGAAACGGUAACCGGGGCCGCGGAGGACGCGGCGGUCGUGGAGGCCGUGGUGAUGGAGGUCGCGGUGGCAACCGUGGCGCCCCUGCCGGUCCUACCGUCGACGAGAAGAACUUCCCCAGCCUUGGGUCUAAAUAA